AUGCCGGAAGACUUCCCAGUCGAGUCUGCUGCAACAGACUCCAUGUCCACAAGCGCGCCUCAGUGCUCUUGGAGUCCCCAGUCAUGGACCAAGAUGCCCCGUGUCGCUCAGGCUGUCGAAUACAGCGAUCCAAUGGCUCUAUAUGAAGUCUGCAAUACAAUUGCCUCGUUACCACCUCUGGUGAGCCCCGCGAAAAUUGAGAUUGCGCGAUCCUACUUCGCUGCUGCUGCGCAAGGGCGAGCUUUCAUCAUGCAAGGUGGCGAUUGCGCCGAGAGCUUUAAGGAUGUUUGUCCGCAUAUCAUCCACCAAAAGGUCAAACUACUGCAGGAGCAGUCGCGAAUGCUGGCUCAAUGCCUAAAUCUCCCCGUGAUCACAGUGGGCCGUAUAGCUGGCCAAUACGCCAAACCACGAUCUAACCCAUGGGAGGUCCUGCCCAAUGGGACAAAAGUCCAUGCAUUCCGCGGUCACAACGUGAACGGUCCUAGUCUUGAUGAACGACACCCUGAUCCCCAUCGACUAUUGCUCGGCUAUUUUCAUUCACGAGCAACACUUGACCUGAUGAAAGAAGGGCAACUCCCCGCCACGCCCCCUACUCCCGGCCCCUCUACUCCUGGUAUCGAUGAGAUGCUAUCUGGAAACACUGUCGAACCGUUCGAUGGUCCACAGGGGGCCAUCUUCACAUCUCAUGAAGCGCUGCACUUACCUUUUGAGAGUGCCGUCACACAUGGUCGCUACAAUACUUCGGCAAGCUUUGUCUGGAUUGGCGAACGAACCCGUCAAUUGAACGGAGCUCAUGUAGAGUACGUACGUGGCCUUCGAAAUCCGAUCGGCGUCAAGAUCGGACCGACUAUGGAUGGCCCAACACUAGUCAAUUUGUUGGAUACUCUGUGUCCAAAUCCUGGCAACGAUGACAACAUAGGCCGAAUUACAAUCAUUACGCGAUUGGGUGCAGAUAACGUCGAGAAAGUUCUACCGAGCCUGAUCCUAGCUGUGAAAGAAACCCGCCAUCGUCCUGUCUGGAUGUGUGAUCCAUGUCAUGGCAACACUCAAAACACCACAUGUGGUGUCAAAACGCGACAUGUCGAUCGUAUUCUACAAGAGCUGAUCAGGACAUGGCAGACACAAUGUGACAAUGGAUCAAUUCUAGGCGGAUUGCACCUGGAGCAGACUGGAGAGUUUGUCACUGAGUGUCUGGAUGGCACAAAACAGGGAUCAUCGGAACAGGGUCUUGCGCUCAACUAUCGUUCUCUUUGCGAUCCGCGUUUGUCAUAUUUCCAGGCUUGCAGUGUAGUUAAUUCGUUUGUAGAUUUUGUGAGCAAACAUCACGGUCAGAACGAAGGUUAG